CGACAGUGACGAUCGGUCACUGUCCGUCACUUCGUGACCGUCCGUGACUGGACCGUGGUUUUUCGUGUCGGCAGCUAUACUUCUCUCGAAAGAAUCACCGUCCUGUUUUGGGUGUGACAGUUCGGCGAACGCCGUCCCAGGCAUGCUGACUUAAGCACGGACGGUCUCUUGUCGGUUGCCAGAUGCGCUCGGAAAGUGAGUAUAGCGUUUGCAAUGCUGACGUGCCCGUCCCCCAGAUCCCAUUGCUUGCUGCCAAGCACGUCGCGGAGCAUGUGCUUGCCUCCAUCAUCGACGACACAGUGCUCCAGCGCCCACAGCCCAACCCCUUCAGCUCACUCGUCACUCUCUCGAACGGUUCCAGCUCGGGUGCAGACCCGAGCACCCCUGAUGCACUAGCACCGGACGGCGGACUCAACGACACCAGCUCUCUUGCCGUCGUCUUUGGUGUGUCAGCUUUCGUCGUUCUCAUCGGAACAUAUCCCUGGUGGAGAUCCUGCAUUGCGCAGGCCUUCCUCAGCAACGGUGACAAAAGAGGCAUCAACAACGUCCCUAGCUUCGUGAAGAUGAACACUGUCAACACUUCUGGAUCACGUCCCAUCUCAGAUGGUGACGAGGCAUUCUGGAGCGCUGAAGCCGGUACUCAUGACCAAACACCAAGCAUGUCUCAGCCCAGCAAAACUCAAGGCAGCCCUCGGAGCAGCAGUCUAUCAGUCUCCUCUGACGAGCAGUCCCUUCCCUUCCCACUGCGAUUCAGGCAGGAUGGAGGGCCAUCAGUUCAAUACCUCCGCAUCUACAGCAUGACUGCAAAAGUGCUGAAGCAGCACUGCAUCGAGUUCAACCUCUCUCAGACAGGCAACAAGACCGUGCUAGUCGAACGACUGGAGGCAUUCAGCCACAAUCCUGACUCAUGGAACAGCGCCCACCCAGGUGCCCACAGGUCUCAUAAGGGACCUCGAGUGAAGAGGCCCACGGACAAGCCUAGGACAAGCCGUACCAAAAAGUCUACACAGCGUCGUGCACAACUCGUUCCAGGCGCCAACACUAUCAACGGAACCACGACCAUCACUGAUCGAUCAAAAGAUGCACGCACCUCAGCCGAGGUUGCCGCACUGCUGCCGUGGGCCAAGAUGAUCUGCAUGGAGUAUCCAUACCAGACAACAGACGGCAUGGCUCCAGUUGCCGAUGCUGAACCUAGUCAUUAUCCUAUGGGUGGGAUGCCUACUGGUACAAGUGCGCACUCUGCCAGCUACAUCAAUGAGUUGCAGGACACCAUCAUCCAAAAUGCAAGCACGAGGCUUAUCAGCCUCGUGCAAGAUGCCCUCCUUCAACCGGGUGCUGCUGCAUCCCCGCAUAUACUAGGUGCCGAGGAACACAGGGCAGUAGCUCCUCGCUCCACUGAUGCCAUCACGUCAGGACACAGCAUGGUGAGAGAAGCCCCAACACCAGCGAAGCCCGACACAAACAAGGCUCGAGUGCUCAAGCUCGGAGAUGGCACUACGCUACAACUGGAUGACGGCGAUAUUCCUGAUCCCCCUGCCAUCAGCUUCGCAAAUGAUAUCUCAAGCCUCAACGAGAUGUGGGAUGACCACACUGAGCACUGGCGGGGUAUAUCAAUCAUUGUCAUCCAGGGCCACCCAAUUGCAAUCGAGCACUGGCCUGUACUCUAUCGCUACGGCAGAGACCAGCAGUGGAAGGGGACGAAGAAUAAGUGGACAGACUGGCGUGACAUCGUCGAGUGCUAUCGUCAGAGCAGCCCAGAGGAGUUCUGGGCCAAAUUCAGUGUUGAUGGAGAACAUGCGACCUUUACCACUAUCGUUCAGAAGCUGCGUGAUGCACGCAAGGCGGCCCACUCCCGCAUCGUGCAACAGGCACAUGAGGAGUUUGGUCCUGCAUUCGAUGCUCAUUUUACUUACCGGAGGGGAGGCAGAGAGUAUGUCAUGACCAAGCCAUCCGCUAUUGCAAAAAGGUACACCGAGUUGACAGGCAAAGGUUUGGUGUGAAGGUGUUAUAGAUAGGAUUUUUCUUUUGCGCAGUACAAAUUUUACGAGAAUGGGAACCAGUAAUACGAGUAUCAGUGCCUAAUGGUCAACAGACAUGCAACUUGUUGCCAUGACUCAGCCGGC